CAGAAACAAGAGCUCCACCUCAAUCCCUGUGACACCUCCCUGUCCAUGAGCUGGUAGGAUGGAUAGCCCCUUUCCUCCCCAGCACCCCUCUUCUCCUCCCACUGAGAGGUCACCUUCAGCCUAGGGCAGUGUGCCCCUGGACCAGAGGCUGAAGAAGGGGCGGAGCGUCACGCUCAGCCCUGUAAUGCCUGGCAGCCCCUCCGGCUGCUCCACACAGCCUGGUCCCAGCCCAGAGGCAGCGGAGGGGGAGGCAAGGCUGCCCACGGUUGUCUGCCCUGCACUGCUGGAGAAGGGCUCAGCAAUGGCUGAGAACUCAGCUGUGGCAGUGGCACCAACAACAGCACCAACCAUGCUAGAGGAGCUCCUGGAGAUCACGGCUCAGAGCCUGGUGCGCACUGAGGUGGCUGAGCACUAUGAGGUUAUUCGGGAGCUGGGCAGGGGCAAGUAUGGCCAUGUGAUGCUAGUGACCCACAGGCAGAGAGGUACUCCUAUGGCCCUCAAGCUGCUGCCCAAAGCCAGUACUAAGCUGCACACCUUCCUGUAUGAGUACUGUGUGGCACUCUCCCUUGCCACCCACCCUGCUAUCAUUGGCAUGUUUGGAAUUGCAAUUGAAUCCAGUCAAUACUAUGGUUUUCUCUAUGAAGCAGCAAUGCACAAAGACCUCAUAUCUAUCAUCAAACCCAAGGAUGGGAUCCCUGAAUCAGCUGCCAAGCAUUGUGCCAAGCAGCUCGUGAGUGCUCUGGAGUUCAUCCACAGCCGGGGGCUUGUGUACCGUGAUGUUAAGCCUGAGAAUGUGCUGCUUUUUGACCCUGAGUGCCGGCGCAUCAAACUGACUGAUUUCGGGCUUACACGGCCCAAGGGUACUAAGCUCAAACUGGUAGCUGGGGUAAUCCCCUACACUGCCCCUGAACUAAGCAACACCACUAAUGCCCAGGGGGUGCCCAUAGAUGCUAGCAUGGAUGCCUGGGCCUUUGGUGUGCUGUUGUUCUGCUUGCUGACUGGAUAUUUCCCUUGGGAGCAAAGCCUGCCCAAUGACCCUUUCUUUGAGGAUUUCAUGCUGUGGCAGGAAACGGGCCUGGAAGAGAACCUGCCUCGCCACUGGAAGCGCUUGACAGCUGAGGCUGCUCUCAUGUUGCGGAGCCUGCUGGCGCUGGAUCCUGCCAAGCGUGGUCCUGUUGGUGGGGCUCUGCGCUAUGUCAAUUGCCCUUGGCGACAAGAUGAGAGGCACAGUGAGGAGGCUGCUGUGAAGCCUUAGAGCCUGCUCUCCACUGGGGAGGGAAGUCGGUUCUUACCCUGCAAGGAGCUUUGGGGCUAAGGGCAUCAUAAUGGGCCUCCAGCAGUGUGGCUGUGAUAUGCCAUGGUAACACAGAGAUCAGCUUCUUCACAGCACUAUCCCUACCAUCAUGGAACUAAGCUCCUUCCCCGAGAUGGUCCUCACUCUAGGCUAAGCAUUGCUCGUUGCCACUUCCUUGUGCUUCCUUGGGAUUUGAAAAUAUCUCCUUUUUCUCACAGAUGACAGUUCAUGUAUGAAGCAACAACUUGUGUCCUGGCCACUGGCCACUCCAAGGGAGUUUCUAGGGAUGCAACACCUGCCUUACCCUUGAAAUAGAGCAGAUAUCUACUUCUUUGUUUCCACGGGUGGCUCUUCUUCCCUUGUAAUAAAAUGUCUGCAGGGGGUAUGCUGUGGGAGAGCAUAGGUAUGACAAUGCCAGUGGCCAAUUAAGGACAGCCUGCCAGAGGCAUGGGCCAUCUGAUUCCACCAGAGCUCUAGAGGGGUGGCUUCAUGUAAGCAAGGUGGAGGUGGUGGGAGCUCUUAGCAUAUCACUGCGGAUGAUAUCUAAGGACUGAUGAUGAUGCUGAGAACAUGGUGGGAGCCACUGCAGUGGGGUGUUGGGAGGACUGGCUGAAGGACUGUUAGUAGUGAGUAGACAUAGGAGGAUGUUCACAAGGUGCUGCAUGGAAAUGAGCAGAGGAAAAGGGUGGAUAGGAGCUCAGCGUGAGUGAGGACUGUAAGACUACAGAUCUGUGCCUUGCCACUAUCACGUAUUCUUGUAAUAACUGUUUGGGGAUUUUCCUGUCAAAAGAGUUGGACAUACAUUUUAUCUCUACUGUGUUUCUUUGCUGCCUACUCUUCUCCCUGUUUCUGAAGACACUUGUUCUGUUAAUUCUACAGUGUUUGCAACUACUUGUAAAUCUCUUUUCUACUUUAUUUUCUUCUUGUAAGGUUUCUUAAUACCAAACACAUAGGUUGCUCUGUAGGAUUUUCACUCUGAAAGACCUCCCUUAUGAACAAGAGAGAGAUACAGGAACCACAAGCCACAUCUUUAUGUAUUUCUUCCCAUUUCCUUCUGCUGAGGAACAGGUGACAGUGCGUUGUUAACAGCUGGAGUCACAGUUUUAGUUUAUGAGUCUCCUCCUCUAGUUUAUUUUAUUCAGGAAAACAUCCUUUUUCAAACAUUGUCACCCUUGAUGAAGAAUGAUUCACUCUCUCCUUCCAUGACUGGCCUAAGUGCAAUUGGAAAGGGAAGCUCACUGCCAUGAACAUCUUGAUUUGUGAUUCAGCUGAGAAAACAGUAGUGCUAUGAGGAUGGUUGGUCUGGGUUUCGCUGGGAAAGGAUAACAGAGGAGCUUAUCAGGGUACAUUAUCCAUAAGAACAAUCCUGAAGAUACCUCCCAACUCUUUUCACUGCUGCCUUGCUCUCAAUCCCAACCCUCCUUCACUUGGAUCACUCCUUACUCACAAAGCCAGACUCCCUCUGUACCAGCAUCUUCUACCGCUUCAUCCUUCCUCCUGUUCUAAGUCCUUCAGACCCAAGGAACAACUUCCAAUGUUAUCCCAAAAGAACCUCCCUUUUUCAGCUUUCAGGUCGUAAGACAACAUUGUCUAUGAUCUUCUGAUGCUUGCCUUUCCUUCCAGAAGACCAUCCUUUUCCCAUUUCUUACAGUCUCUUCAACCACCCCCUUUCCCCAUCAACACCCCUCUCCCAGUCUGCAAAUGUGUUUGUAGGUAUGCAUUUUAAUCUUGGAAAAAGAUAGCAAGAAGAGAAUUAGGAGUUAGCAGCUCUUCUUAAUUUCCUACCUCUUUCCUCAGGCAAUUGUUGUUGGUAAUCCUUUCCAGCUCAAAUCACAAUGUUGUUGUUGGAAAUGUCUUCACCUCAGUUUUCAUUUUCAAUGAUUAUUUAAGUUUUAAAGAUGAAUUACCUAGCAUCCCACCCUUUCUAAGACCGAGGGAUCUACAGGCCAGGUAGCUGAUGUCUAUCCAGUGAAAAAACAAUGCAAAAUCUAGAAGAGGAGCUUACUGACAGGGAAUUAAAGAUCAGGAACAUCAUUUUGUGGACUGCAACCCUCAGUGUUCUAUCUGAAAAUCGUGUUUGAUAAAGUCAUGAUUGAUAAAGUAAAUCCAUAACCUUAUGGUACAAAAUUUUGUGAGGCGUGACUUAUUGAUAGAACUAAAAUUAUAGUACAUUGUAUUUGUUAAAACAAUACACUAUGCAAAGUCAAUAAAGUAUAUUAAAAGAAUUGAGAACUUGCAAUUUAGAGAAGAAAUAGUUAGGAAUGAUCUUUGAUUAUUUUGGUUGGUUUCUGCAGGGAUCAGUAGUAGAAUGAAAAGUAUCAAUACUUCCACCAGUGAUUUGAAGUUAUAUACACAACCACUUCAAAUAAAAACCUACAAAUAACACAAAACUGAAUAGGCUGAUAAACAAUGACAGAAAGCGGCCACUUGAAGAAUUCUGUAUAACUUUGUGAGAUGAGUAUAUUCAAACAAAGUGCAUUAUUUUGCAGAUAGAAGAAAUAUAUUCAGGUAGAAGUACAUAGGGAUAAAAAUCACUGUUGUACAAGGAUUUCUGAAAAGCAUAAAAACUUUGCAAUACAUAGAGGAAACAUAAGAUUGGGUGAGUUCUCAUAGUGGUACUCUGACAAAAACACUGAUGGAUCCCUUGCAGGGCUGAGUGGGGUGCAGACACACAAGGUGGUCAAAUCUCCAGCAAAGAUUCGUGUUCAAACACAAUGUUGUAGUGGUGAGGAGUCUUACCUAUUGGAAAAAAUUGCCAUGAAAGGACACACCAAGAGAACUGGGAAUGUUCAGCUUGGAGAAGGGAAGGUCCAGAUCCAGUAUAGAUUUUAUCAGUAUGUAGAGAUGUCCAAUAAGAGGGUGUAGGAAAGACAUUGUCAGAAUCUUUCUGGAGGUACUGUGUGACAAGAUAUGAAGUAAUGUGCAAAAAUUGAGAUAUGGGAAAAUCUAUUUAAACAGAAACAAAAAUGGCUUGAUAGUGAGAGUAGUCAAGCUGGAACAGACAUUCAGAAGCAGAUUGGACAAUGUUCUGGUCAGCCUAGCUGGUCCUAUUUGAACAGGAGGCAAUCUCCAGAGGUUCUGUCCAGUGUCACUCUGUGACUCUGCAACAUUUUUCAUGACAAGAACGGUCAGUGUUGUGUCUGUACAUAUGUGGGGCUUCCAAUGUCUCUGCUUUGGAUUUGCAUGGCAUUUUAGGCAGAAGUCUCAGCAGAGCUGGGUGCAAGUUGAAAAACUGCCUUGGUGUAAAAUGAUGAGCAAAAGGAGUAAGAAUAUUGCACAGAGGUGUAAAGUUCAUUGCAAGUUAAAGAAAACUUGAACUGGUGAAACACUGACAUCUUUGGGCAACAGGUCAAGCUGCCAAGUUCCAUCAGCACCAAGGCUGUUUGUUGCAGGAGCCCAUUAUGUUGAUGAGGAUCAAAGUCUUGGAUCUGCCUGACGGACAGUCUGACAAAUAAUGUUGGCAGCGACCAGUGGCAGUGACCAGGACUGUAUGCCUGUCUCCUUUGUUACAGUGGAAGGUGUUUCUGCUGCCAGAAAAUUGUGUGAUAUACAACUUAGUGAUGAAAUCAGUGCGGCAACUGCACCAAGCUCUUGAUGGUGGUGCAGACAGAGUUACAGUGAAGCAAUAGAAGCAGCCAGCACUGUGGCCAAAGACAUGCCUGAAUCCAAGUGCCCAACCCAGGUGUUUUUGUCAGUGGCUCACCCAUAAUUACAGCUGGAUUUCUUAAAUCAAUGAACAAGCAGACCUGUUAAGGCCUAUCCACAGGGGGUCUGAAAAAAGAUCUGCUUGUCCCCAUCACCCCCCAUGGCAGCUGCUGGGAAAGGCCGAAUGGAACGGAGCUGCGUGCAAACACGCUGGCCCUUUGCACGUUCUGCUGCUUGCUGCAAGCAGGCUGGCUGAAUGCCUGGUGCAGUAAAAGGGCAAGACUUCAGUUAAUGUAGGCACAGGGUAUGGGGAGGAUCUGGUGUCGUCCCCAAGGAGGCAUCAGGUGACUGCUAAGGGGAGGGAAAGACCUGGUACUUCACUGCUUUCCGAGAUGGAAUGAAGAGGUAAACUGGUCAGUUGCAGAGCUCAUUGCACUGUGUGAAUUCUGGAUGCAGCAACUACAGAACAGGAACUGUGAACACAGCUCUGAUGCCCUAGCGCAUGCAUCCCAUGGUUCUCUGGAGAACAUGUGGUCUGUACGGUUGGAUGUUGUGGUCAGUGCCAUCUCUCCCUUCUACAGGAAGACUGAGGAAAGUCAUGCUGUUAGACCGGCUGACCCUAUGACAAUUUCAGGAUCUCUCCAGUUAAGCUUCUGUGCUCGUUCCUAGAAGCUUGCAGCACAUAAUCUUCCUUCUACCAUCUGCCAUGACAAGUCUGAAGCUCUGUUACUUCCAUCUCUUCCCACUUGAAUCAUUGAAAGGGCUUUGCUUGAAGUUUCUUAGGAGAGUUAGGGAAAGACUAAUCCUCUGUAUUCCUCAGACUUCUCUUGUAGCGUUGUCUUCUGAACAAGGCUCAUACUUGACCCUCCUGUGAUAUCAGGUGUUGAGAGUGUCAAAGAACUGAGCAACAGAGCCCAAAAAUGAGUGCAGGAAAGCAUAGUGAGCCAGGAAAUAUAACAGGGCAGAUAUGAGACUACAUAUUGCCCAUUGCUGCCUCUCUCAUUGCUUUUUCUUGACUUCUGACAUUCACCUCAAAGGCAAAAUGAGCCAGAGCUUUGAUAAACAGAAUCAAUCAAACAAACAAAACAAAAAAUAAGACUGUUCUGAACAAGAGCCCUUCUGAGCACAGGAGUGGGAAGAGACAAUAACUGCAGGAUAGAGACAGUGAAGAUUUGUUACCUUUCAUCCUUACUGACACAGGGGCAGGCUGGCCACAACUGCAGCACAGUUGCUUUCUUCUAAAGUUUCUAGAGCUGUUCCCUGACUGGAAAAUAUGAGAUGGUUCAUGGAGUGUCAGCCAUAAAUCUUUUAUUAAUUUUUUUUUAUUACUGGAUCUUAUACCCUUGAGCAGAGAUGUGUGAACAAGAGAAAAAUAGCUUAGGCAGAGAGAUCAAACAAGCAGGCUCCAUAUUUCCCUCAUCUCAUCCCAUACCUUGGGUUGCAUUGUACCUUGCUGCCCAUAGUAUAACAUUAAGUCUCCUUAUGCUCUGAUGGGCUGUCAGCCUCAGUGCUGACCACAAGAUGAGAACUGACUACUACUAAAUCCCAUAACUGUUCUCAGAGUCCUAGAUUUUCCUGCUCACAGCCCAGCCAAACUCUGCCAGCCAAUAGUCUGGGCCUGCCCUUAUAGAGGCCUGCCCAUAUACAGGCCUGUCCGUUGCUGUGGCUGUGUUUCUGUUUUUCCCUGGUCAUGUGUGUAAGCUCUAUCCCUUGGCUCAGCAUUGUGCAAGAGAGGGAGGAAGGAGGAUUUGGCUGAGCCUAGGGUGGUGACAGAAGGGGGUCACAGUUGUCACACAGACUAAUUGCACUUCUAACCCCUCUUUGCUGUUUACAAGCUGCCCCCCACCAAGGAGUUGUGUCUCUGGCUGACCCCUGUGCUCCAGGAUGGAAUAGCACAAUAUUCCUGCUCUCACUUGGGGCCCUGGUAGUACCUUUUGGGUGUUAAAUCUGACCAGGGUCAUCCUAUGCUAGAGCUUUCAUGAUAAGAUUUACUGUAAGGAUUAAUACAGUCUGUUUUUUAGUUUAUCCCCUGAUGUGCAGCUCCUGGUUACUGGUCACUGGUUACAGGCUUCAAUCAGUCCUUGAACAGGCAGCUCUCAGCCCCCCCGUCCUUGUCCCCAGCCAUGCUCCUUGCCUGCCUCAGCUCAUUGUCUUCCCUUCCACUGAUGGAGUGGCAGAGAGAGGCACAGCAAGGACAGCCAUGUGCUGACAUUGCUUGGCUCUGCUGAAUCUGCUCUCUUCAAAGCCAAGUAGGAAACAGUGACAGCUUUCACAUCCCCUUGUCCUUCUGUUGACAGUUGCUGCUGUUGACACUCACUCUUGGGAAAUUUUUUCAUCUUAUUAAGGGCAGUAAAUUUUGAAGAGAUGGCUGAACACAGGGCUAACAUAAUCAGCAUUCCCAGGAGCGUGCUGGGCAGGCUUAACUCCUGGCAGUUCCUCCUGCAGAGCCUCUUCUCUUGCACCCCUCUCAGAAUCUACUGAAAAAUUCAUGUCUGCUUAGCCUUAUUGAUAGGAAUAUAUUUGGUGGCCUGUGCUGUUAUGAUGGGAUUCUACAGGUCAAUGCUCUGAAGCUCAUGGCUGUGGACAAGAGAUGCAGGGACAGGGCUGAAGAGAUAGACAGGUGGAGCAGAGACCAAGAAAGGGAAAGACAAGAAACAGUAGUACAUAAAGAAGCUCCUCAGGAUGUGAAGGAGAGAAGAAAUUGGCAAGUGUCUUUCUUCAGUGUAAGGAAUGUUAGUCCACAGCACCAUGAGUGCUGCAAUGCCAUCCAGGCCCUAUGCAUGGAGCUCCAUGCAUGGAGCUAUUCUCACCACCCAGAUGGUCCCUUGAGCACGGUUCAGCUGCAGCUUCCAUGCCUCCAUGAUCUGUGUGGAUCAUUGCAUAGCAAUGCAGUGCUACUAUGAGCCUUGGGCUAGGAUGUUCUUGUGUCAUCUGUGGUUGGAUCUAUUGCAUAAAUCAGCUGUACAGUGCAAAACUGCUGCAUUUAGACCAUAUUGACUAGCCAUGUUGCUCAGUCCUUGGACUUUGGAAACUCAAGUCCUCAGGCUUGCCCUCCUUCAUGCUCACGCCGCUCAUAGCACAUCGAAGAAGACUGCAGCGCCUUUAUCCCACUAGGACUGCUCAUCAUUCAGCUGGAAACAUAUGAGCACAUUUGCCUGAGGAGCAGCUGCUGUUUGGGUAGGAUGGGCACCUUCUAUUCCCAGUGCUGGAAGAGUUUAGGGCAAGGGGAUGCUGGGGUUCCUGGCAACUUUCUACAUGGCUUUGAAGGUAGCCAUUUCCAAUCUCUGUUUGAGUUUACUGUUGCUGAGCUACCUCCAGGAACUGCUGAACUGGUUGGCAUCCUCUGGACUGCUUCAUAAUGGAAAUCUGGAAUUAAGGCGAGCUGUGAUAGGCAGGAUUUCUGACCAGCCCCUGAGUAGCUUGCAGUCCUCCCACUAGUCCUUGGCUGAACAACGGCAUGUCAGGAACUGGAUAGGGCUGGCAGAGACUGGGCUGUAACAGGAUGCCCCUGUCCUUUUCUUUCCUUCCAUCACUGGGUUUACGGCACGUGGUAUGUGGGGGCUGCCAGGAGGUCAUAGGAAUGUUCAGACAUCAAAAGGGAAAGUAUUGUUGCUGCAGCGGGGUAAAGGGAUGUCAUUGUCAAAUUCUACAGUCUUGGCAUAACUGGCCACCCACCACCAAAACUGGUUUGGUUCAGUGGGUGAAAUCUCAUUGAUUAGAAGUUUGGACACUGAGCUGUAAUUUAGGUCAUCCAGAAGAUGGGACCAGGGAACAAUAUUCAGUGAUUCUGACUUUAGAGCUCCUUAACUGGCAGAUAUGUGACUGCAUUCCCAGAGCUGGGCAAAGAACCAGAAGUCCUAACCUUGAGUCUCAGCUUUCCUUUCCACCACUUCCUUUCUGUUGCCAUUAACUCCCACCCACUGGACUUCAUCUUGGGAUUGUGUUCUUUGAAAGGAGAGUUUGACACAUUAACAGCAUAAAUUGAGCUGAGCUACGGAAGUAGCAAUGCCUAGGAUUGGGGCUAAGCAGAUCAGUGACAGGAAUAUGUUUUCCAAUAGGAAAGUCACCAGAUGUGUCCACAGAAUUAUGUAUAAAUAUAUUUAGAAAUGAAUUGUCAGAAUGAUUCAAGAUCUUGAAGCUUUGCUGAAGGAAACAAGAAAAGAGGAUAAAUUUUAUUUAAUAGCAUGGAUUUGAUCUUGCUUGCAUAGGACAGUUGAUUGCUGUCAUAAUGGAGAUUGGAGCCGCUCCAAGGAUCUUCACAGUGGAGUCUCCAGAUGAAUUAGGUGAGACUUCAUGAACUGUUGUUUUGCUAAAUUCUUAUAUCCAGCUGGACAACAGUCCUAAGUAUCUUCACCAACAUAUACAUAAUCUAUUGCUAUUACUUUUCUUAAACAAUAUAUAAGAAAUCUCCACAACCUCUCUGGGCAACCUGUUCCAAUGCUCUGUCACCCUCAAAGUAAAUAAAUUUUUCUUCGUGUUUGGAUAGAACUUCCUUUCUUCCAGUUUCUGUCCAUUGCCCCUUAUUCUAAUGCUGGGCAUCACAGAAAAGAUCCUAGCCCCAUCUUCUCAGUAUCCUCUCUUAGGGUUUUGAUAAGCACUGAUGAGAUCCCCUGUCAGUCUUCUCCACACUGAACAGUCCCACCUCUCUCUGACUUUCCUCAUGUGCUUCAGGCCCCUCAUCAUCCUUGUGGACCUCUGCUUGCCUCUAUCUUGAAGUUCCUUGUCUUGAAGUGGGGAGCCCAGAACUCGACAUAGUAGUUCAGAUGUGGCCAAAGGAGGACAGAGUAGAGGGAGCAGAUCACCUCCCUCAACCUGCUGGCCACACUUUUUAAAUGUACCAGGUCUACCAUUGGCCUUCUUGGCCAUAGGGGCUCACAAGUUGACAUUAUGUCUCACUGUCUCAUUUCAGUCCAUUGCCUCAUCUGUGGAGAUGGACAGCCUAGGAGUUCCUUGUCUGUCAAGGGAAUUAAUGUCCUGUGUGUGCUAAAUGCAGAUGAAGGCAGAGGCCUGCCACCCAGCUACACAGUAGGCUUAACCUUUGGACUAACUCAAGUCUGACUCUUGUAACUUAAAUUGCACAGCUCUCCCCACAUGCCAAUUAACUAGAAAUAAUGACAUGGAAGUCUGACAUGGUGUCAUUCAAAAACAAUACCAUUUUGCUGUAGCUGAAGAAUGAGGGGCUGAUUGGCACAGUAUAUCUAUCUACACAAUCACACAGGGAAUUCCUACAGAAGUAAAACCUUUGAGGCACUUUUAUUGCUGGAGUUGUGUUAUGGCAAAAGGCUCUGUAAGCAGCAUCUCUCUGUAUAGUCAAACCAAUGUCCUCUGACCAGCCCUGCUAGUUCCUUUCCAGGCCGUUCUCACAUAGAUAAUCAGAGACGGUAAAGAAGAAAGAGUAAUGGUAACUCUUUGCUGGAGGUCAGGGAGCUUUGCUUACCAAGCAGAAAAGCAGACAUAGUUUCCAGGACUGGCUCACUUUAGGAAGGAUAGUGUUCAGCGCCCUUUUCCAGCUCUUCCCUUUAUCCCAGGAUCUUUCAGGUUGUUGAUAGAAAUGUUCACGCUGAUUUACAGAGCCAUUGCCUUGCAGAUCUCCCUCAUUAGCCUUACUUAGCUUCACUUCCUUUGUAUGUCUUUGUGAUCUGGACAAAUCACAUGUAUCACGUGCAACCUGUGUGCGUGCUGCUGCCUAUCACUCACCUUCUGCCUUGCACAAAAAUUCUGACACACAGACCAUGAACUAUCAGUACCAGGGCUCCAGUCUGGGCAACUGAGACACCAGAGCUGCUACAUUUCUUUCUGAGUGGGCUUGAAAAGGCAUCUGUUAUCAUCUCAUCAGUGCCCCUACUUAAACCCUUACAGGAGCUAGCCCAUCUUGAAACCUCGCAGGAACUGUUCUGUCCCAUCCUACCCCAUCAACAGAGCAAUUCUCCCUCCCUGCUUAGCUCCUAAGUGGUAUCCUGUUUUUUGCAGGUACCUCCAGGGAAUGUUUCACUGCAGGAAUUCUCAGGGCCACUUCUCAGUCCCUUGGAUGCUCACACUGCUGUGUUUCAGCAGCUAAGCCUCCACCAUUGCUGGCAGUGAGUCAAGGACCUGGAUGCCCAUACCCACUAGCUCCUGUCUCAGCAAUCCAGAUUGGCUCAGGGUUUAGUAACACAACCUGCUUUCCACUGCUGUGAGCUGCUCCCUCUAGAACAGAGUUCCACCUCCUCCCAUGCUCAGUUUCAGAUGGAAAUUGAAGCUAACGCUUCAAAUCAAGCUAACGCUGCUAAGCAUCUGUUGAACUGUGUUAGCCCUGUUAGCUUCUGCGCUUCUACUAAAAAUAAUGCUCAGUGAGAACUGAGAACUGUAUGGCUCCAUUUAGGAUCUCUGCUCUUCUGCUGCUGCAACUUGCCACUCUCAAGGAAGAUGGGACUUAGGCAGCUCAGAUCUGCCCCUCUCCCAUACACUUGCAUGGUUCCAAAAUGACGGGAACAAGAGAAAGAUCCUGUCAGAGAUCCCAAGGAGUCAGAAAUGGAGCUCCCAUGAGAUUUGUAGCAGUAGCUUUUCUUAGAGACUGAGUCACCAUAGCUGAAAAGCAAGGCAGCACAACCAGCAUUAAGAUGAUGUUCCAGUGCAAGCCUGUGCCAAAUCUAUGCAGCGGAGGAUCUUUCCUAAGCUGGUUUUCGGACAUGUCUGCUUUGCCAGCCCUCUCCAAGCAUCGCUUUCCAUCUCUCUGGGCUACCUUGCCAGUCUCUACCUCUUGUAAUCACUUAACUUUUGGCACUGUCCUUAAUUCAAAAGCAGUGCCGGAGACUUGCCUUUCUUGGCCUUUGGCCUUUUUCCACUUGCUUGAGACGUGUUAAUGAGACGACCUCAUAUCUAAUCACCUAGUCAAGGCACUAGCAAAAUGCCAGCCAACACAGUAGCUGGAUGUGAAAAAUAAGAAACCAGCUAAUGUCAGCUUAGACUGCUGCUUGAAGGGUCCUUAGAGGAGGGUUAGGUUCACUGGAAAACCCGGCUGAGGGCCAUCAGCUCCUGCCCUUGGUUGGAGGGACAGACCUGGCAGUGAGAAGCAGAGAAGGCUGUGAUGUAUGUGUGGGAGAAAGGUCAGGAGAUUGCAGAGGGCUUUGCACCUGCGGCCUGGGUGAUGGGAAUGGCCAGUGAGUGAUGAAUAGGAGCAGCUGUCAGAGAGGCUCACCACCAGACAGUCCAGUUAGAUAGUGGGAACUCAGCAAUUUUCAUGUUGGAUGGGUUUUUUACGAUACACUGAGAACUAGGUGACAUAAGGCACAUAAAUCAAGGCAGCUUCUUGAAACUGAGACAAUCUGUGGCCCUGAUGCCCUCAGGCUGGAGCAGCUGAAGUGACACUGGAUAGUCCCUGUGUACAUGGGCCCUGUUUGUGCCAGCAGGGGAACCACCCUCCAGCUCCGGAGGAAGAAACAAAUGUUUUUGAGGAUCCAACUUGGUUAUGUAUGAAUUACACAGAAACCAACAGUUUUCUUUGCAUGGUGUAAAAAGGCACUGUGCCGUAUCAGAGAUCUAAAUCCCAGUCAAACAUUUAAAUAUUUCAUAUGCAUUUAUUUUUUUGGUUUACGAUACUAUUAAACCACAUAAAUGAA